UAAAGGUAGAGAAGAAAACACAGAGAUGGGAUUCCUUGUGGUGUUUCUGGUUCUGCUUCUUUCAAUCUCAUCAUGUGAAGCUUCUAUUUUUGCUGACAAGAGUUUCAGGGAGUGCAUGUUUGCCAGAGUUGGCACUUCUGAAUCCACUGAAAAAGUAGUCUUCACCCCAUCCUCCUCCUCAUACUCACAAGUGUUAGAAUCAUUGGAGCAAAAUCCUAGAUGGACAGAUUCCUCAAACAAGCCUCUUCUCAUCAUAACACCAUUCCAUGAAUCAGAAAUCCAAGCAGCCAUUCUAUGCAGCAAGGAGCAUGGUCUGCAGAUCAGGGUCAGAAGUGGUGGCCAUGAUUAUGAAGGACUAUCUUAUCUCUGUAAGGCCCCAUUUAUAUUGGUUGAUCUCAUCAACAUCAAAUCCAUUGAAAUCAACCUUGCUGAUGAGACAGCUUGGGUUCAGGCUGGGGCAACAUUGGGUGAACUCUACUAUAAAAUUUCCAAAGCAAGUCAAGUUCAUGGCUUCCCUGCAGGAAUCUGUCCAAGUGUUGGGGUGGGUGGGCACAUCAGUGGAGGAGGGUUUGGCACCAUGUUGAGGAAGCAUGGUCUAGCAGCAGACCAUGUUGUUGAUGCUUACCUGAUUGAUGUGAAUGGGAGGGUUCUUGAUAGAAAAUCAAUGGGAGAAGAUGUUUUCUGGGCCAUUAGAGGAGGUAGUGCUACUAGUUUUGGAGUCAUUCUUGCAUGGAAGAUCAGGUUGGUUAGAGUUCCACCUAUUGUUACUGGGUUCAACAUUCGCAGAACACUGGAAGAAGGAGCUACUAAGCUCAUCCAUAAGUGGCAACACAUAGCACAUAAAUUGCAUGAAGAUCUUUUCAUUAGAGUACUAGCUCAGAAUAGUGGUGUCAAUUCAAAAACAAUCCAAGUAACCUUCAACUCACUCUUCCUAGGAGGAAUUGACAGAUUAAUCCCAAUGAUGAAUGAGAGGUUCCCAGAAUUGGGAUUGCAGGCCAAAGACUGCACUGAAAUGAGUUGGGUUGAAUCAUUUCUGUAUUUUAAUGGACACAACGAAUAUGACCCUCUAGAAUUCUUGCUCAACAGAACCACCAUGUGGAAAAGCUCUUUCAAGGCCAAGUCUGACUUUGUGAAAAAGCCUAUACCAGAAACUGGCCUAGAAGGGAUUUGGCCAAUGCUUCUAAAAGAAGAAGCAGUAGCAAUGCUGAUCAUGGAACCUUUAGGUGGAAGAAUGAAUGAAAUUGCAAAAUCCAAAAUCCCCUUUCCCCACAGAAGGGGAAACUUGUACAACAUACAAUACAUGGUCAAGUGGGAAGUGAACAGCAUUGAAGCAUCCAACAAGCACCUACAAUGGAUGAGAAUGCUUUACAAAUACAUGACUCCUUAUGUUUCAAAAUCUCCUCGAGCUUCCUAUUACAACUAUAGGGAUCUUGAUUUAGGUAUCAACAAGUAUGACAACACAAGUUACUCAGAAUCAAGUGUCUGGGGCAAGAAGUACUUCAAGGGAAACUUCAGGAGAUUGGCAAAAAUUAAGACAAAGUUUGAUCCCCAAAAUUUUUUCAGGAGUGAGCAGAGUAUUCCUCUCUUGAAUUAGAAGCAUCUAGAACAAUAAUGUAGCACUAUAAUAUAGUAGUUAUACAUGGAUAAGAAAUAUAAAACAUCUAUUAUGUUAACCCUCUGCUUGAUAUGUUUGUAAUAAGCCCAACCCUGAAUGGUUUUCUGCCUAUGCAGACAUUUCAAAGGUAGGAGGUUACAGAAAUGGAAAUGAUGUAUUUUCAUAAUUAGCGUGGACUCGAGUAGCAGCACUUAUUGAAGUCACAAGAUCACAUAAGAAUGUUAUUACCUUCCUAAGCAAGAUGUCU